AUAGAAAAAAGCCACUGUAAAGUUACAAUGUUGUAAUUUAUGUGAACGACCGAUAAAAGUUUCGUUAGAAAUUUAUACAUUAAAUUAAAAUAUACAGAGUGUCCACUUACUUUUGACAUUCAAAGUGUGCAGAUAAAGCGGGUUAAAUAGAAUAAAAAAGUUCUUCCGUUUUGUGUUCUUUAUUAAUUAUUGCGAAGAUUACAAAACGGUAGAACUUUUUAGAACUGAGUAGAACGUAAGGACUUUUCUAUUCACAAUAAGUUUAAGACCCUCUAUUUGCACAUGAAAGUUUCGAUGAUUAUUACGGGUUACCCUGUAUAUAUGUGUGUAUAUAUGUGAUAUAACAUCUACAUUAAUUUAAAAAAAUUAUAAAGAAGAAAAAAAUCAAUACGAAAAAAAUUAUAAAGAAGAAAGAAAUUAAUAUGAUUCUAUUUGAAUCCACUUAGUAGCGAGCGUUUGCGGCAUAUUUGGUUAUAUGCUUAUCAUAUUUUGACCGGAUAUUAUGCAUAUUAUAAUACCGACAAAUGUAACUCAAUCACAUCGCUUGCCAGUUCCGAUGGACUAUUUUGGAUCAAGAAAAAUAUUUCUAUUGGAUUGUGUUAUAUCUCAGUAUGGGGGUAUUCAUCGGAACGGUUUCAACGAUAGCAAUAGGAUCUAUUCUUAUCGCAUAUAUUCAAUGUACCUAUGUUAUUAGAUGCGCAAUGCAUAUCAAUAUGCUAAAAAACAUUAAAUCGAAGAAAGAGAAUUCAAUAUUGGAAGGAAUAAUUAGUGCCGUAAAUAUACAUCGGCAAGCUAUGAAAUUAUCUAAAUUUUUGGAGUCCAAAAUGGAGACCAUGAUGUUUUGCUUAAUAAUGUCCGGAGUACUCUCUCUGAGUCUUAAUCUCUUUCGAGUUUUUCAGAUUGUUUCAUCCGGAUAUGAUAUCCAAGAGUUAUUAAUGCCUUUUGCAUCUGUAUCUAUCGCUAUAUUAUACAUGUUUAUAGGUAAUUAUGCUACGCAGAAUGUAACGGAUCACAACAAUGACGUCUUUGCUACUGUGUAUGAUGUCGAAUGGCAUGAAAGACCGUUACAUAUACAGAAAAUAAUACUUUUUCUACUGCAAAAAGGAGCCAAAGAGUUUACUUUAGGUGCCGGUGGAUUAUUUGUCGGAUCGUUGGAAUGUUUCACCACGGUAUAAAGAUAAUAAAUAUAUUAUC